AUGGGAGCGACACCUGCAAAUCUCAGCCACGCUGGGAGAGCAAUCAAGUCUCUACUUUAUGGGCUGAUGGCACUGUCACAACGCGAUGCUGGGGACGUCGCACGUCUAGUGCUGCACGCCGAACAAAGCGUCCUUGUGACCUUAAUCCGUCGGCAACAGCCUUAUAUCCGCGCCUAUAAAGAACUGAGUACGGCGAUCGACACCUUCGUGUUGGACACGUUCACCGAGUGCACGUGCUUCGGUUCGAAUGCCACCCCAACGUCAUCACAGAAGAAGGCCGUAGACAGGCUCCGGAUGUACCACGCAACGUGCUUUCCGCUGUUUCUCGAAAGUCCGACCGAUCACAUGCUCUCUUUGGACACGUAUCACCCGCUUCUCGCGGCAUCCAAGGGCUCGGCGAGAGGAUUGGUAUAUCAGCGGCGUCGAGGGCCCAUACUACAUCAAGACGAUCCCAGCAAUUCUCCGCCGAAUGUCCAAUAUACGCAAUUCACGGAUACAGUUGCAGACCCAGAAGAAGCUUUGGCGAUACACUUCGAACAAGCGUUGACUCUCGCCGAAUUCAUUCUGCAAGAUCCCAUCUCACGAACACGGUCUGAUACCGCAUCGGAUUUCAUCCCUAUACUACCUGCCAUUACGCCACUACUAAUCAUGGCGCACAUCAGCGGUAUUACUACGGAACUCCGCAGGCGAGUCAUAGACUUGCUGCGCCGCUACCCACAACAGGAGGUCUUCCUCGAGAGCGGCUUUGCCGCGGCGCUCUGCGAAUUAAUAUUGGGAGUGGAAGCCAGUGAUCGACAUGGGACACUAGAGAUCAAUGGUGCUGCGCCGGAGACAGUGCUGAGCAACAAGGUGUAUGGGGCUGGAGUGACGUUUACAAAGGCAAACAGAGCACGCGUGUCGAUACAAACGUGGGAUGAUUGGCUUGCGAAGAGGCCGGGGCGAGAGGAGACGCUGACGUGGUGA